CUUUCGUCGAACGCUUGACAGCCGGCAUGAAAUCCAUGUCAUCUUUGCCGGAGCUCCUGCUUAGUGAAGAACAGGAAAUGUGCAUACAGGCCAUGCGAUCCGAGGUCGAGCAAUACAUAUACGGUGGGCGAUUCGGCCGACGUCAGGAAACGUUGCAGAAGCUGGACACAGACGAUAUGGAACCUGACGAACCUGCAGACGACGAGUUUGGCGAGGAGGCCGACAAGGCCUCCGAGCACGGCGAUUUGAGUGAAGCUCAAGAGGCGUCCUUGGGCAUUCCUUGUCUCAGUAGUGAGGGAAAGGGAUGCCGACUGGACAUGCAUGAUCCGGAGUCUGGUCUGGCGAUGACUCCAGAGGAGGUCAACGAAUAAAUCGCUCUGCUGGGAACAUGUGCUACGAAGGGACCCAAAGUCUCUGAAUCAGGCGAGCGAACGAAAGUCGAGAAAGAGCGUAGGCGUGUGUGUUGGGAAAGCGAGACUCUAGACACGAUGUCACAUGGUGUGACAGAGCCUCCAAUGGAUUGAUACGAACUGGAAAGAUGCGUAUUGCAAUCAGGGGCGAGCAUGCUGUCUCUCUAUCAUGACUCAGAUGAGAGUUUGGGAGCGUACGUCGAGCAAUUGUACAGACUGGACUGAAGUGAAGUUGCUUGAAGGCGGCGUAGACGUUGAGA